AUGCACACAGACAAGGCAUUGCUUAUAGUAGACCUGCGGGAAGACGGAGCGGCCUUAAAGGAGGUCUUUGAGGGCCUGGGAUCGCUUUUAGAGACGAUCCCAGUGCUGCUGCAGUGGGCAGCAACACCUGGGGUGUCUGCUGAGCUGCUGCUGCUUCUCUCGCGCAUGCAGGCGGUGGUGCUGCUGAACGCGCCCAUGGCAAUAGCGACGCGAGUGAUGCUGCUGCAGCAGCUGCUGCAGCUUGUUGCUGCUGUUGCUGCAGGAACCAUCGACGCUGCUGCUGCUGCUGCUCAGAUACAAACAAAUGCUGCUACGCACGCAGACUGCGCAUGCAAAUCGCAGCACCUUCCCCUCCCUGCUGCUGCUGCUGCUGCUGCACCGGCAGUAACGCCCACUGCUGGAGCGAUAAAAGGCAUCUCAGAAGCAGAAGCAGCAGCGUCAAUACAACCAGCAGCAGAAGCCUGCGACGGUCUAGCAGCAGCAGCAGCAGCAGUAUCCCAGGCAGCAGCAGCAGCAGCAGGAGGCCUCUCUUCUCCCGAGGUGUAUAUAACCCCCGUAGGAGACGUAUAUUAUCUAAAGCAAUUCAUCUACCCCUCUAACUUGCCUUCUGUUUAUUUGCGUCAGUCUGAGCUGUCUAUAGAGGGCUCCCAGCAGCAGCAGCAGCUGCAGCACUUCCUCAGCAAGUGCCUACCUGCAGCAAUAGAUGCGAACCUACUCCGCUACAGCAAACCCCAACACUAA